CUCCGCCCUUUACGUCAUCUGACCCUGAGCCUCACGUUUCCCUAGUGUGACCUCGGAACCGACCGUUUCACGCACAGCAGUGUUCAUUUUAAUGUUAACUUGUGAAAAAUAAUAGUCAGACCAACACUACGCUUACAGUCCGCUUUUACAGGCUUGUCAGUAGGCAGUUAGCACAGCUCAUCCAGCCCCGUGGUAGAGGAGCGGACUCAUUGGAAAACAUGGCUGGAAUCGAGGAGCUCUCCCCAAGUGCGGGCCCGGUGUCUACCCGGCCCCAGGACGAGAUUGACGACGACGAAGAUGAAGAUCUGGAUGAGACACUGAUGGAGAGGUUAUGGGGUUUGACGGAGAUGUUUCCUGACACAGUGCGCAGUGCUGCUGAGGUGUCUGCACAGUGCUCUGUCUCAAUGGUUAAGAAGUUUUAUAGUUUUUCCCGCUCUGCACUUUGGGUGGGCACUACUUCCUUCAUGAUUCUGGUGCUGCCGGUGGUGUUUGAGACAGAGCGACUACAGCUGGAGCAGCAGCAACUACAACAGCAGAGACAGAUCCUGCUGGGGCCCAACACGGGAAUGUCUGGUGGGAUGCCGGGCAUGAUGCCUCCAGCGCCGGGCAAGAUCUGAGGAGGCAAAAGACUCCAACACGAGAUCUGCUGCUAACUAUACAGCGGGGCUGGUCCCAAGGAGAGACAGAGAGACUGGAGAGGGGGAAAAGAGCUUUGGUGGUUUAGAGGAACAACAGCAAAGUCUUGGGCUGUCUCCACUGUUUUGGGGUUUGGCCAUUCUGAUCAGAAGAGGAAGUAAAAUGGGUCGAACACUUCUCUCUCACUAUCUCUCCUUACUUCAACAUCAUGCAGAGACUGCUUUCCAGAAGCAGUCUUUUUCUCUCUCUCUUUUUUUUUUUUCUUUUGGAAAAUACCAUAAAUAUUGUAUUCUUUAGUCUCCAGCAGGGACAAAUGGUUACAAUAAAAGAAUGAAAGACUGAGGUUAACAGUUACAUGUUGGUGUUGCAGUCUGAAGAAAAUGCUUCACAAUUUGUCCAUCUUGUGCUUUUUGGUUCUAUCUGUAAUCAGGGAGUUGAGUUAACAGAAUAUUUGAAAGAUGUUGUAACAAACAGGACAUACUGUAGGCAAUAGUAAAUGAUUGAAAUGUUAUACACAGACUGGCCUCUACAACAUUAAUGACAGUUUUCUAUGUGGUACGUUUCUGUCAUUUCACUAUUGUACUAUGUUUUAUAUCAAAGUAUAAUGCCUUUCACUUGAAACCACUCUUCAUUUUCUGCUUUUAAACAUUUCACACCUUCAUGCAUUGUCACAUUUUCCUUUUAAUAGUGUCUGAAAUUACAAAAACUCUUUUCAUCUAAGCCUCUAAACACACCAUUUGUCAAAGGCAGUAAGAGGUUCUGUUGGGUGGUGAAGGGUGAUGCUCAGUGUUUGUAUUAAACAUGCAAAUGUCUGUUUUUUUAUGAUUAUUUUUCCCUGUUGUCAAUUUGACACUGUCUAAUCUCUGUCUUCUAAUGUCGAGUGAACAAUAAAAACAUCAAAUCUAAUACAAAUCCCAGUGUUUACACUCAA